CAAUUCACCACCACCACCACCACUCAUACUACAACCUACUCACUCACAAUGACCACUUUUCACAAUGCAUGGCUCGAAGAACAAGACUAUAGAAUCAGACUCAAAGAAAUAUCCUGGGAGGGUUACCAACGUGCUUCAUUACUAUCAGUUGAUGAUUUAACUUUACUUCAAGCUGUUUCGGGUACUCAAAAGAUUAAAAGAGAAAGUGUUUGGGAAGGAAACCCAGAGACCUAUAUGGGAUUGUACCUCAGAUUACUUUCUAGUUUAACUAGAACUGAUUGUCUUCAAGUCAUUCUGGUACAUAUUGGAGAUUUUUUAAAUGAACACGAGGAACGUAGUGAUUUACUUCGAAAAUUGAACCCAUCUGAUUCUACUACAUCAUACUUAAGUAUCUCAAAACAUAAAGAUUCAUCCGAUAUUUAUAUUCGUAUCAAAUCCAUCACGAUCCUGGGAAGCUUAAUUGGAGCAGAUCCAUCACCACCUUCUCAAGCUUCUCGAGCUAUUCUUCCUGGAAUCGAUCAACUUGUUCAAUCUAAUGAUCUUAAUGAACAAGAAAUCGGUAUCCAAUGUCUUGAUCAUGUUUUAAGACAACCUAGCAUUCGUCAAACACUUUGGCAAUCUGAAAACCCUUCAGAAAGCUCCAAAGAUAAAUCUAAUCCUACUCCUUCUAAUUCUCGUUCGGCUCAAAGUGGUUUAUUAUCUAGUUUAACUAAACUUGUGAAAGUGGGUAGUAAAUUAAAUGCACAGAUGCAGUAUCAAGUUGGAUUUUGUUUUUGGCUUUUAAGUUUUGAUGAUGAAAUUGCCAGAAAUCUAAACAAAAAGUAUAAUGUGCUACCAUCUCUAAUUGAAUUAACUCGAGUUGCAGUCAAAGAAAAAGUGAUUCGAGUACUAGUAGCUACUUUCAGAAAUUUGGUAACCAAAGCUUCAGAAGCAAAUAUCGGACCUAUGUUAGUUACAGGAAGUCUUCCAUUGAUCCAAAACCUUGCUAGUCGUAAAUGGUCAGAUGAAGAAUUAAAAGAAGAUUUACAAUGGCUUAAAGAACAAUUACAAGAAGCUAAAGCUAGAAUGACAACCUAUGAUGAAUAUUCUACUGAGUUGGAGUCUGGCUUACUUCAUUGGUCUCCACCUCAUACUUCUGAUGAGUUUUGGACCGAGAAUGCUGAUAAGUUAAAUGGAAAAGAUUAUCAACAAUUGAAAACACUUAUUAGACUUUUAUCUGAAUCAGAAGAUCCGAUCGUAUUAGCAGUUGCAGCUAAUGAUUUAUCUAAAUAUGUUAAAUAUUGUGAUACAGGAAAGAUGAUCGCACAAAGAUUAGGAGCUAAAAGUUCGGUGAUGAAUUUAAUGAAUCAUUCGAAUCCAGAUGUAAAGUAUUGGGCACUUGUUAGUGUACAACAAUUGAUUAGUCAACCUUGGGUUUUAUGAACACCCAACACAAAGAGUGAUGGAUUUGAUUGGUUUUGUGUUGAGAGAUUGACAUUGGUUUUUAGGUUUGAUCAGCUAUGGGAUCACGUAAUGUUUUUCUUUUGAGUUUAUUUUUUAACAACUUGAUUCUUUUUUUCUUUGGUUUUGUAUUUGUUUGGUCUUUUUUUUGUUUGAGCACUUGUUUUUUUUUGCAAUCAUAUUUCAAUAAAGUAAAAGUUUUGAU